GAAAGAAGAAAAAUAAAAAUAAAAAGAGGGUUUGGAUAUUCAUCUCCCUGGCCCAAGCGAUGGAAGCGACUCGGUAGAACUUAGCUUUUCUCGCUUUCACAGUGCCUCCCGUUCAUUCGUGUCUUAGAUCCUUCAAUUUUUCUUCUGACAUUUUUAUUUUUCCGGGUGGGUUUUGAGGGAUGAAAGUGCACUGUUGUUAAGUAUGAGUGAUUUGCAUUCAUGGUAGCGCUUUUGAUUGCUUGUUUCUUUGGGGGGGUUUUGAUGAUUUCGCCCUUUUUGUGGAGCUUCGAGAGGAAGUGAGCCUCAUCUGUGGUGUUGAUGAUGACUAAGGCGAUGGUGAAGAAGAAGAAGAAGGCCUUUCUUUUGACUAAGGAAAGGGUUCAGUUAAAGGAAGAAAAAGAUGUCCCCAUUCGCCAUUUUUGCUGCUUGUGAUUGUUGUCAAUGCGAAGGAUAGCUGUAUGCUAAAAGAUUGUGGAAGAAAGAGAAAGUAAGGAUUUGGGGUAAUUUUUCUUUUCUCUCUCUCUCUCUCUUGAGAUUCAUUUGUUCUUUUGAGGGUUUUGUGAAAAUGCCGAUGUACCAGCCUUCUUCCGGUCGGAGGAGAGAGGCCGAUUCGGAGCUGGGUUUGGGUGGUGGUGGUGGUGGUGGUGGGCAAGUUCUUGAUGUGGAAACCGCCGUGAAAGAUGGUAUUCUUGGCGGCGGUGGGUUAAUCUGCGACGGUGGAGGGGCUGAGAAAUUGGAUCUGAAGGAGAUAGUGGAGGAGCUUGAGAACAUUGAGGUUCCUUCGGUUUUUAUUUGCCCAAUUUCAUUGGAGCCAAUGCGAGAUCCUGUGACCCUUUGUACAGGACAGACCUAUGAACGAUCCAAUAUCCUCAAAUGGUUUUCUCUUGGUCAUUUCACAUGUCCCACCACAAUGCAAGAGCUUUGGGAUGAUUCAAUCACCCCCAAUAACACUCUUCACCAACUGAUUUACAGUUGGUUUUGGCAGAAGUAUUUGGCGAUGAAGAAGAGGUCUGAGGAUGUGCAGGGGAGGGCUCUUGAGCUCUUAGACACUUUGAAGAAGGUCAAGGGCCAAGCCAGAGUCCGAGCUUUGAAGGAGCUUCGACAAGUUGUCGCCUCGAAUUCUUCGGCGAAGAAAACCGUGGAGGACAAUGGCGGUCUUGGUUCGAUUUUGUCUUUGUUAGGUCCUUUCACAUCCCAUGCGGUUGGCUCCGAAGCCAUUGGGAUUUUGGUGAACUUGGAUCUCGAUGCCGAGUCGAGAAGAAACCUUGUUCAACCUGCGAAGAUUUCAUUAAUGGUGGAUAUGUUGAAUGAGGGAUCCACUGAGACUAAAAUCAACUGCACCAGAUUGAUUGAAACUUUGCUGGAUGGUGAUGAUUGUGGGGCAGACACUGUCUCGAGUUUUAGUCUCUUAGUUGGAUUGCUGAGAUUAAUCAAAGAGAAAAAACACCCAAAUGGUGUUCUUGCUGGGUUAAGAUUGCUAAAAGCUCUGUGCUGCCAAGAACCAGUGAGGAACUCAGUAGUGAGCAUUGGGGCAAUCCCACAAUUGAUUGAAAUUCUCCCGAAUUUCGACCCGGAAUGUUUGGAGCUAGCUCUUCAUGUAUUAGACUCGCUUUCGUCCCUCUCGGAGGGCAGGGUGGCCUUGAAAGAUUGCCCCAACACCAUUACAAACUUAGUGAAGUUGUUAAUGAGAAUCUCAGAGAGCUGCACUCAGCUGGCUUUAUCAAUCUUAUGGGCAGUUUGUAAACUUGCCCCUGAAGAAUGUGCAUCACAAGCUGUGGAAGCAGGCUUAGCAGCCAAGCUUCUUCUGGUGAUUCAGAGCGGUUGCAAUCCCGUUCUGAAACAACGCUCCGCCGAGCUUCUGAAGCUGUGCAGCUUAAAUUACACAGCAACCCUCUUCAUAUCCAAGUGUAAGCUUACAAGGACAAUACAAUAAUGAAGAUGAAAACCAAAAAGGAACACAGAAAAACCACCAUAAGAAGCAGUGGGCAUUGGCAUUUUUUAAAGAAUAAGCCCUUAGAGCAAGUGGCCACUGAAAUCUGAAAGCACAGAGAACAUGGUUCUCUGUAAUAUAAUAGAUUAGUACGCGGAUAAGAUAAGAUAAGAUAAGAUUCCUGUUAGAGUCCGAGUUUUGAAGAGUGAAAUGAAGAAUGAAGAUCUCUUUUUCUGCGUUCGGGGUUCUUCGUGUUCUUCGUGUUCUUCUUCCAUCUGAAUCAAUGAAGUGGGGGUGAGUUUUUGAAGCUCAUCAUUGUAUAUUUCUGUAGAUUUUUUCUUAUUGGCCCAUCAAAUCAAAUGUUGUAUGAUGAAGAACAAUUUAUGAUAUCAUUUUUUGUUGUCGUUGUAGGUUUUGGAACAUACGAGUUUUUUC